AAAACACUUCCGGUCGUACCGUUCUUGCCUUCCGCUUUUCUUCCGGAUGUGCACAUUAUUGUGGCUGUUUGGAGCGGUGUGUCCGCUCCAGCCAGUUGCAGUGCUACAAAAUGAAGGUCGUUACUUGGAACAUAAACGGCAUUAGGGCCUUCAGAGGCGGCAUAAAAAAGGCUCUUGAUUCCCUGGACGCAGAUGUUAUUUGUAUUCAGGAGACAAAAGUGACGCGAGACUUGCUAGAUGAAAGGAUUGCUAUUGUUGACGGAUACAACUCCUAUUUCAGCUACAGCCGAGGGCGCAGUGGCUACUCAGGUGUUGCCACCUACUGUAAGGACAGGGCCACUCCAUUUGCUGCUGAGGAGGGCCUCACAGGUCUGCUGGUCAACCACAAAGAUGCUGUUGGAUGCUAUGGUGACCAUACUGAGUUUUCAAGUGAGGAGUUGCAGCUGUUGGACAAUGAAGGCCGUGCUGUAAUCACACAACACAAAAUAAAAUGUCAGGAUAAAGAGAAAACCCUUACUGUUAUUAACGUAUACUGUCCGAGGGCUGACCCAGAAAAGCCAGAGCGAAAGCGGUUCAAACUACAGUUCUACAACUUACUUCAGAGUCGAGCUGAAGCUGUGCUUAAAGAUGGAAGCCAUGUGAUUGUUUUAGGAGACAUAAAUACAUCUCAUAGACCAAUAGAUCACUGUGACCCUAGUGAAAUUGAUGAUUUUGGCGAAAACCCUGGGAGGAAAUGGCUGAAUGGCUUUUUGUACAGUGACAAACAGGAAGAAGGGAGCGAUGAGGAGGAACAUGACAAAGAAUGCGAAGAAACAGAUCCACUCCACGGUGGGAAAUUUGUGGAUACCUUUCGCUUUUUCCACCCAACUCGCAUCAACGCCUUUACAUGCUGGUCUACUCUCACUGGAGCUCGGCAGACCAACUAUGGAACACGCAUUGACUACAUAUUUGCUGACUGCCAGCUUGCCAAGGAGCAGUUCGUGGGAGCCGACAUCAUGCCAGAGGUGGAGGGUUCAGACCACUGCCCUGUCUGGGGGCAGCUGAGCUGUUCACUCAUUUCUAGCCCAAAGCCUCCCCCCUUCUGUACUCGCUACCUGCCAGAGUUUGCAGGUAAACAGCAGAAACUCUCACGCUUCCUCGUUAAGGUGGACCAAAAAUCAGCCCAAUCUGAGCAGAAAAAUACAUUGCCUGGUUCUCAAGAAGAGGAGGAAAGGAGAGAAAAUUUAAAUCCUUCUGGAGCUGCAAACAUCUCUGUUAAAAAACGUUCAUUGACAUCUGACUUGGUUGCCCCAAAGGGAAAAAAGACUAAGACGGUAAAUGCUUCUUCAAAGCCUAAGGGCAACCUCCUUGCCUUUUUUAAAACCAAAAACGUUAACCAGUGUGAAAAACCACUAAAUCUGGAUGAAGCUGCCAAACCACCCAUAACUGAAGAAGUGUUCUCUGUCGCAGACACCAAAUCUGAAGGUCCUGAGCUUAUCUCUGACGGUUCAUCACAGCAGUGCUCCACAGCUGAUACUGACCAACAUAUGAACACAGAACAUUCAAUCCCUCAGCCCACUGUAACGCAGUCAGAUGCAAAGAAAGGGACAUCGUCAGUGUUUUGGAAGUCGGUGCUUCGUGGACCACCUGCCCCACCGUGCUGCAAGGUCCACGAAGAACCAUGUGUUCUUCGUACUGUAAAAAAGGAGGGGCCAAACAUGGGCAAACAGUUUUUUGUGUGUGCACGUCCUCAGGGACAUGCGUCCAACCCUGAGGCUCGAUGCAAUUUCUUUGCAUGGGUUGACAAAGCAAAGUGACAUGUUUACAUUAAGGUCCAUCCUUCAGCAACAAUUGUUUUAACAUUUGUCAUAGUUGUAUGUUGUAGUUGUUGUAUUUUUCUUUUUCAUAUCAAAAUAAUAAAACACAGUAGUUUUAUA